AUGGCCUCUCGCGGUCCCGCCGGCCCCCGUGGCACCAACAACCGUUUCGCGCAGUUCAAGCUGGUUCUUCUCGGUGAAUCUGCUGUGGGAAAGAGCUCUAUAGUUCUUCGGUUUGUCAAGGACCAAUUUGAUUCUUUCCGCGAAUCCACCAUCGGCGCUGCUUUCCUUACCCAGACCAUCUCCCUCGAUGAGAACACGACGGUCAAGUUUGAGAUCUGGGACACGGCCGGACAGGAGCGAUACAAGUCCCUGGCUCCCAUGUACUACCGCAACGCAAACUGCGCCGUCGUCGUAUACGAUAUAACACAAUCUUCGUCCUUGGACAAGGCAAAGGCUUGGGUCAAGGAGCUCCAGCGCCAAGCCAACGAGAACAUCAUCAUCGCUCUGGCCGGAAACAAGCUCGAUCUGGUGACGGAGCAGCCCGACAAGCGUGCUAUUUCCGCCGCCGACGCCGAGGCCUACGCAAAGGAGGCCGGUCUCCUCUUUUUCGAGACGUCGGCCAAGACGGCCGAGAACGUCCGCGAACUAUUCACCUCGAUUGCCAAGAAGCUCCCUCUAGACCAGGCCGGCCCCCGCCACGCCCGUCCUGGUCAACGCCCCGGCGUCAGCCUGCAGCCCGAGAGCGGCAAUACCAAUGCCGGCGGGCAGUGCAGCUGCUAA